GAUUCAAAAUGGCGUCCUUGAGCGAACAUAAUCGAGUGAGAGAACUGUUUGAUUCUAUGACUUUGGGAGUAGUUCGAUCGCUUGAAAAGAAGCCUGGUGUAACAGAUGUCCGUCUACUUGAUAGAAAACCAGCGGAAAAACACAAUAUAUACACUUGGGAGCAGAAAAAUAUGUGUAUCCUGCCAGAGGACUUGAACAGUUUUUUCCUCACAACAAAUGGACUGUUGAUUCAAUGGAGCAUCAAGUUUGAUGGAAGUGUUUUACCACUGGGAAAGAUGGAGCUGAAUCCUGUGGCAGGUCUGGUGUUGCUGUCCAAAGCAUCCUCUGUUAGUGAUGACAAACCCUCAUUGGCUGAUUUAGAUGCUGAUUCAGAUGAGGAGGAUGGCCAAGGUCAUAUAAAGCCGCACUUUGACAAUCGCUGCAAGGUUUUUGAGCUGGAUCCGUGUGAUGGCUAUGGUAAAGUCUGUUUGGUUUACAAAGACAUCAAAGCUGGAGUAACAAUGGGACAGCCUGAGAUCUGGUUUCUUGAUCGUUCACUGGAAUGGUGUUACCUUGCUUCGUCAUUCACUGAUUACUUCAGAAUGAUGAUUGUGCACCUUGGUCUUCCACUCUGGCAAUAUCUUUUUACUGCAACAGGGCUUAGUCCAGAAACAAAGCAAUGGUUCAACCUUUAUGCACCAACAAGAUUAGCCAUUGACAUUGCAAAUGCAGAGCCAAAGGCCCAACAGAAGCCAGAUUCAACAGAAAGAAAUCAGUCUGCUGUGAAUCUUCCUUUGAACUCAUUAGACAUAAGCAGACUCUUUAAAGGUAAAACAGACAAAGGAAGGAAUAAACUCUCCCAGGCAAAGAAACCACCUGUGGGAAAGACUCAAAACUCAAGUCAGGGUCGACAGGGGCAGUCUGGCAGGUCAGCACCAAGAUGAUGGCCACAUGUUGACAAUUCUUGCCAGGCACUAUUUCUACAUCAUGAAAUGUGGUCACCAUAGCUGUUUUACAAGACUAAGAUGCACCUCUGUAUCUUGAAAACGCUCUAAUUUCAUGUGUUGCGUAAACAGCAAAGCCUCGAGUCUUAUGUUUGAAAAGCAACAGAAGGAUAAAUUACCAGAAACUAACUUACUGGAAGUCAGCAUCACCUAUUGUUAUUGGUAAUGUAAAUCAUGUAUCCCCAUAGAACACCACCUUCCCCAAUCUCAAUUUCAUAAAAGAGAUGGAAAAGAAAAACAGUUUUAAGUGGCAAGUGAUCGAUACAAAAAAAUUAUCAAUCAACAUGACGAUAUGUAGACAAUUCUGUCGCUUAUUGAAUCCCUUCCAGCUUCCAUUUCUUAAGGGGGUUGUAAAUUACAGCCUCCCCUCUCAUUGGGGCAAAUAAAUGCUUUACCCUUUAAUUCUCAGAUGGGAUUAACUUCUCCGUGUACUAUCACACAUUAUUAAAAACUGGAUCAAUG